AUGGUGUGCAAGGUCCUUGGAAUGGAUGAAAAUGUGAAGCAGGAUCAAGGCCCAUCUGCACAACCCACAUCCGAUAAGCCUGGACCCUCAAAAAAGGAAGAAGACAAUGCAAGGUGUGCCAUUUUUGCUUCUACAUUUAUUCCUUAUGAAAUUAGUUAG